GACAACGCACAGCCGCACAUGCACACACGCGCGUCGACACGGAACAGUCAUACGCGUGCGCGACGCACUCGUCCGUUUCGAUUACUUUUUAAUUUCGUUUUUUUACUCAUCUAUUCGGUUUGUUUGUUCUUCGAUCAAAAACGUCCGGAGCCUUUGCCGUCCGUCAUUUCGUCGCACGAACCCGCGUACAUGUGCUGAAUUUCACCAGCGCGUCGAAUUCUCGUCGUCCGAACGACCAACAUCGAGUUCUCGACAACACAACAAGUGAACGACGAAGCCGCCGCGGCCACCGCCGCCUCCAUCACCACCACCGCCGCCACCGCCGCCGCCGCCGCCGCCGCGACCCGCGGUCACGUGGUCUUCACGCUCAUCGUUUACAAUCGCACCACAGCGGCUGUUGGGGACGCGACGCUGCGCGCUCAUCUGUACCUGACCACCGGCAGGAGCGGCAGGAGCACUUCGCGAUGGACAAACGUAAGACCAAGAAGCUGUACAAGAUCGUGUUGACCGGAGGACCGUGCGGCGGCAAGACCACCGGUCAGUCGAGGCUGUGCACGUUCUUCGAGAACCUCGGCUGGAAGGUAUACCGUGUGCCGGAGACUGCCAACGUGCUGCUCAGCGGCGGCGUCAAGUUCUCCGAGCUGAACGACGACGAGGCGCACCGGUUCCAGGAAGACCUGUUGCGGUGCAUGCUGCAGAUCGAGAACACGUAUUUCCAGCUGGGCGAGUCGUGCCCGCGCGACUGUCUAAUCAUAUGCGAUCGGGGCGCGAUGGACGCGGCCGCGUACAUACCCAGCAACAAGUGGGAGCGGAUCAUACGCGACAACAACCUGAACGUGGUGGACCUGCGGGACAACCGGUACGACCAGAUCAUACACAUGGUGUCGGCCGCAUGUGGUGCCGAGGACUUCUACACCACCGAGGACCACAGCAGCCGCGGUGAGGACGUGUCACUGGCCAAGAGUUUAGACGUCAAGGCGUCCGCGUCCUGGAUUGGGCACCCGUACUUCGACGUCAUCGACAACUCGUCCGACUUCGAGAACAAGAUAUGCCGCAUGAUAGCGGCCGUGUGCCAGAAACUGGGCCUGGACACUGGUGACCGGUUGGAGACCAACUCGAAGAAGCGCAAGUGGCUGGUCAAGGGCCUGCCGGGCGACCACGUGUUCCCGCCGUUCCAGGACUUCGACGUGGUACACAACUAUUUGCAAACGUACACGACCAACAUGCAGGCCCGGCUCCGGAAGCGCGGCCAGAAAGGCCACUGGAGCUACACGCACACCAUCCGCCGGCCCCGGGUCCGCGGCCAAGUAAUCGAGGUGAAGACCCAGCUGAGCCACCGCGACUACUUGAACCUGUUGACGCAGAAGGACGAGACGCACUUUCCGAUUUACAAGAAGAGGCGGUGCUUCAUAUACUACAAUCAGUAUUUCCAGUUGGACAUUUACUGCAAACCGUGCCAUCCCAGGUGCAACGGGUUGGUUUUGCUAGAGACGUACUCCGCCCUCGAGGACCAAAAGCUAUUAGAUCGUCUGCCAAAGUUCCUAAACAUCGAAGCCGAGGUGACCGGAAACGCGGUGUACUCCAUGUUCAACUUGUCGCUGGUCGAAGACUGGGACAAGUCCAAACUUUUCUGUCACUACCUCAAAGGCCCGGACGAAGAUCUGAACACUGCAGGCGAACACAGAGUCAACCAAGUGAGUUACAUUCACACGAAUGGUAAACGAAAGUGAACGGUGACUUUGUACUUAUCAUUUUUUUAACAUAGUAUUACGAUUUAGUUUCUAGAUUUUUAUUAUUUUACGACAUCCAUUUGAUUUUUAUUCCAUUCGUUUUUCGUGUUUUAUUAUAGUAUUAUUUUAUCGAAUCAAAACCAAACAGUUGUAUAACAGUUGAAAUUAUUUUAUGUAAAAUAUUCCAAGUAUACCUAUACCAAAGUAAUUUCAAUUGUGUAUUCACAACUCGAAAAUACCACAUAUGUCGAGUUUUUAUUAAAUUCUAACUGAAAAACUAUGUA